AUGGUUGUCCCUAUUAUUAUUGGUUUAGGAGUCACAGCAGCAGCUUUGGUUGCAAGCAGCGGUGUUCGUGCGUGGGCUGUUUACAAGAGGUUAACUCCAUUGGCUAUUGCUCAACUAAAUGGGAUUAAGAUUAAAUCAGACUCCAAGAUGAGAGGUGAUUUCCGCUUUAUUAGCAGUCAACUAGAUUCAAAUUUAAAAUUUGAAUUAAAUCAAUAUCAGGGUGGAUUUUACAGACCGAUGAGUGAAGCUGAAGCGUUGCUGAUACUAGAUAUAUCUCCAAACGAAAUACGAAAUUUGGAUAAGAAGAUGUUAGCAAAAAAACACCGUAAAGCAAUAAUAUUGAACCAUCCUGAUAAGGGUGGAAGUCCAUAUCUAGCAAUGAAAAUUAACGAAGCUAAAGAUCUCAUUUCUUCUAGUUAUCUCAUAAGACAAUAA